GAGAAUGAGCCGAGCAGGCCGAGCAGCAUGACGCCAGUCGGGCAAAAUAUCCAGUCAGUCCGAAUCCGGAUUGUCCCACUGUCCCACGUCUUGACAUCGUGAGUGAGUUGUGUGAGUGUGAGUGCGGUCCUGAGUUUUUUCUAAAUUAAAUUAGAAGAAAAUUGUGAAAAAUCUUGUGAAAAUGACCCUGUAUCACUUUGGGAAUUGCUUAGCCCUAAUCUAUGUUCCUUACUAUUUGACCUACAAGUACUCUGGACUAUCUGAGUAUGGGGCUUUCUGGAAGUGCAUCCAAGCUGGUGCAAUAUACGCUUUUACCCAGCUCUGCAAAAUGCUCGCUCUAGCCACUUUCUUCCCGGACACUGAAACCAUCUCUUCUCCGGGAGAAUUUAGUGCCCUUGCAGAAUUUCUGAGAUGUUCGGUGGAUAUUGCCGACCUUAUGGGGCUCACCCUCGUGCUGUCACGAAUACCCGGAAAGGGGCACAGCAAGUUGAUUACAGCAGGAUUGGGUUGGGCAACAGCAGAGCUCUUCCUGUCUCGAGCCCUUAUGCUCUGGGUGGGAGCUCGUGGAGCUGAAUUCAGUUGGAUUUAUAUUCAAAAGUGCUUGGAAUCCAAUAUUCUCCUGGUGCAACAUCUCACUACAUCUACCCUCCUCUGGCUCUUCUCACGCCAUGAUCUCGACAAGAAGUUCGUACCUGUCGUCACAUUUCUCAUUGUAGCUACCACUUACAAAGGUCUCUGGCUCGAUGGCAUCCUCCACAUUCUGCAUCUUGGUCCCUGGGUUUGUCUUGCCUUCAAGGCGCUCAUUACCUGCUGCAUGGGUGUUACUGCAGCCUCAAUAAUUCCGGCUGUAGCCUCGUGAAGAGUUUCCUAGGAAAUAUUCUGGAUUUGUAAGGCAAUUCCCAAGGAAAUAUUUCAGUUUUUGGUUAAGUGAAUAAAAUAAAUUAAACUAAAAAUCUAUAAAAA